GCCUUAUCCAUUGAAACUCAAACGAUCAUCACACAAAUGGCCUCCCCUGCUCCGACGUCCCCUGACCUAUCCUAUAGCUCGCCGGCGACGGGUUUUCAACCCAUCCGGCGCUGUGAGAAGACGGGCAGCCCGUGGAGAGAUGGGACGGGUGUUCCGUUGCGGCUACAAUAGUAAGUUUGUUUUUUAUUUCCGGUAAAUUAAAAGUUUUUUUUGGGUUUAAGUGUUUAAAUUUAAAAAAUAUGAAUUAAGGGUAUUCGAGUAAAAUUAACUUAAUUAGGGCGACGAAUAAGGAUUUUUAGGGCGACGAAUAGCAAUAGCGACACUCGUUGAGACCACUACCGAGCUAAGUAAACAACAAAGCUUAUGGAAGCGCCAAAGUUUGUUAAAAUCGAGACGGCCGGUGAAGACCGUUAGGUUACAGUUACCGAUUGAGACGAGUAAAGGGAAAGGGGGAGGAGACGGAGGCGGCAAAGCGACGCCAAUUCUCUUGUUUCCCCUCCUCUAUGACCUCCGUUAGAAAACGACGGCAUUCUAUGCCUUUCUCUCCCUCAUAAAAAGAAAAUCCAAAUAAAAUAAUAUUUGCAUUCCCUCCCCUAACCGUAAAAACCCGCAGAAUAAAAAGAAAAAUAAAAGAAGGGAUGAGAAGAAGAAAAGGAGAGCAUAAAGCACAAACGAGGCCGAAAAAUAUACCUUUUUUUCUUCUUCUUUGUUUAAAGUCGUAACCUGAAAGCAAAAUCCCCAAUCCCAGCAGCAGGCGGGCAGCUGUUAGAGAGAGAGAGAGAGAGAGACGUAGAGAGAAGGAGUCAGCCGCGCCCCGCCCGCCCCGCCCGCCCUCCUACUUUCUUCCCUCUUGAGAAACAAAAAAACCAGAACUUCACCCGUCGUCUCCGCCAUUUCCGUCGCGCGAUCGCCUCCCUGCAACUUUCUUAUAGCCUUUUUCUUCCUCACACGCGCCGCAGUCAUGAGCUCCAGGAAUGCGGCUUCCCUCCACGCGUCUCCCACCGAGAUUUCAGCGGUCUGAUUACACAGCCAGCGCAGUCAUCCGACUGUGACCGGAAUUCCUCCUUUACUGCCCCGAUCUGAUUUGGAUCAUUCAAUCCACUCUUCUCUCUCAGCGACAGGCUUUGGGAUUCAAUUCACUAGUUUUCUUCCGAAUUCUUGAUCCGCUGAGAUCUACAUCAGCUGCCGACGGGGCAUCCACUGUUGCAUAAGCUUCUGUGGGAAUUCUCCGUUUUGGUUCUUUUUUUUCCCCCCAUUUGUUCCGAUCAUCUGAUUUGAUCCAGGAGCAGUCCCUCGAUUUGUAUACAACGAGGGUUGAGCGGAAAUGCCAGGAGAUGGAGCGGUGCGUUACUAUCAAGAGAAUGGCAAGGCUAAAGCGUUGGAUCUGGAGACUUCUGAGGACGAGAAACGAAGAACCAGGGGUAGAUCUCUAAGAAAAAAGGCGAUGACCGCUUCCACCAAGCUCACGCACAGUCUCAAGAGGCGUAGCAGCAGGAGAGUGGCUGAUUGUAGAUAUGCCGCAAUCUCUGUAAAUGAUGUUAGGGAUGCCAAGGAGGAGGCAGCUGUUAAUGCAUUUCGGCAGGCAUUGGUCACAAAGGACUUGCUACCCCCGCGACACGAUGAUUACCACACUCUGUUGAGGUUUCUUAAGGCGAGGAAGUUUGACCUUCACAAAACUAUCCUCAUGUGGUCAGAGAUGCUAUACUGGAGGAAAGAGAACGGAGUCGAUUCCAUUUCACAGGAUUUUGUAUAUGAGGAAUUUGAAGAGGUACAGCGGCAUUAUCCUCAUGGUUACCAUGGUGUAGACAAAGGAGGCCGACCUGUUUAUAUUGAAAGACUUGGAAAGAUAGAACCUCACAAGCUAAUGAGUGUGACUACUGUGGAUCGAUUUUUGAAGUACCAUGUCCAGGGUUUUGAGAAGGCAUUUUCGGAGAAAUUUCCGGCAUGCUCUAUUGCAGCCAAGAGGCACAUAGAUUCCACAAUAACCAUACUUGAUGCUCAUGGACUGAAUUGGAUGAGCUUCGGCAAGGUUGCGCAUGAUCUUGUAAUGCGCAUGCAAAAAAUUGAUGGGGACAACUAUCCUGAGACUCUGCAUCAGAUGUACAUUGUUAACGCUGGAAGUGGAUUCAAACUGUUGUGGAAUACAGCUAAAACCUUUCUUGAUCCCAGAACUACUGCAAAGAUCAAUGUUUUAGGUAACAAGUUCCAAAGUAAGUUGUUGGAGGUCAUUGACUUAAGCCAAUUACCGGACUUUCUUGGUGGAUCUUGCUGCUGUGCUAAUGAAGGCGGUUGUCUUAGGUCUGAGAAAGGACCAUGGAAGGAUCCGGAAAUAAUGAAACUAGUACAUGCUGGAGAUGCACUAUACCUAAGAAAAAUGAGAUCUCUUUCUGAUGAAGAGGACAUAGACAUCAAGUUAUAUUCCUCAAAGACAUCAAGAAGCGAGAUCACAACUGCUGAUGCAAGCCCAAAUUUGAGGCAGAACGAUUUCACUCAACAAGUCCUGCCAGAAUUUAUCCAAGUACGUCCGAACCAAUGGAGACCAGCAGCUGAUCGAUCUGCAUUUGAUAGUGUAAUUGAACGCCAUGUUCAGGCUGCUAAUCAAACAAGUACGUGACCUAUUACUGAUUGAAUUUUAGAUAGGUUUCUCCUGCCUAUUACAGUUGUUUCUCUUCUCAUCUGAACAUGAAAUUAUAGAUUGCAAUGAAGUAGUCUUCUCAUUCCCAGCAUAGUUAAUCACUAUCAACACUUGCACUUUCAUUGUUUAAGAUUCAAUUAAAAGCUAGAUCUGCACCUUGUAUCUAAGUCAUCGUUUUCUUAGAUAAGGGUGAUAUAGGCUUACUUUUUGUGGCUAGCAGUGGUCUAAGUCAUUGUUAUUCCCCAUGCACACUUGUAGACAUUUUUAGACAACUUCACAGUUUAAGUAACUUUCUCAUAUACGAUAGGCCACUUUGUUUUGAGAUUUGUAAUCUAUUUUUUGUGCAGAUAUCACAACUGAGGAUGUUUCCCUUGAAAAUCCCACUGGAACACGGUUCGUUGUACGCAUUGUGGUGAAGUUGUUAGCAUGGGUAUACCUUGUACUUCCAAAGAUGGGGAGAUUAUUUGCAGCCGAGCAUGCAAGGAGGCAAUUGCAGAGCCGAUCUGAGCCAGUAUCAGCAGUUUCAAGUUCACACGAGCAGCAUGUCCCACUGGAAACAAAAGAGGAUAGGUUGCGACCGUGCUGGCAGAGGCUGCAGCAUUUGGAGAAAAUGGUCAACGAGCUGGUCAACAAACCCACAAACAUACCCCCUGAGAAGGAGGAUAUGAUUCUCGAUUCUUUAAGCCGUAUUAAAGGUAUAGAAUAUGAUCUACAGAAGACAAAGAAGGUGAGAUUUCCCUCUUCCUGAGCAUAGCUGUACAGAAACUUGAGCAGAACAAUAUCAUUCACCAUUGCUUCAUCAAAUGCCUGAUGCCCUGUAUGUCAACAUUUUACUUUGCAGGCACUGCUGGCAACAGCGUCAAAACAAGUGGAGCUUGCUGAGUCACUUGAAAAUCUGAAGGAGUACAAAAUAUCUGUAAGUUCUUGUGACUUCUUCUAACAAAUUUCCAUUAUCGUACUUCUGCAUGCUAACAUUAUAGCUCAGACUUUGAGCAAUCAAAUUAAGGUAACAAAUCCCUCGUGAAUGGUCUACUAGGGUCUAAAAGGACAGUAGAGGAUUCUGCUUCGGUGAAUUUUCCUUCAUGUGGUAUCGUUGUAGUUAGGAUGCCAUUUGAACAUCGUGACUAUGCAGCCAGAAUUCCUAAAUAGAAUCCAAGUUGAAGUAGAACUCGCAAAAGCUGGGUUGUUCAUCGAAGAUACAGCCCCCAUAUUUUUUGUAGCAAUUGAUAACUGAAUUGACAAGGUUGAUGUCAAUAUAGCGAGUGCGUACAUGUUUCCUCUUAUCUGAGGGCCGACAUUCCGAAGUAAGUCAUUUGCAAAAUGGGAAGUAGGAAAAGAAGGACCCGGUGAGAAUAAUAGUAUCCGAUAAGACUGAGAAGUUGCUGAGUGCUGACUUCAUUGAGUCUUGUGAUAUCUACAGGGACCAAACUCUUGUUGGCCAAGACAUUACAAACCCUGUCCCCCAGAAUGAUGAGAUGUACAUUUUUACAAGUCCCAAUCAAAAGGUGAAGAAACUGUCAUGACUUGCAGCCACUAACCAAUGUGAAGUUACUAAGCCGGGUCAAGGAGGAUUGGUAAUACGAGGUACCUAUUGCAGCAAAUUGUUCGAGAUCUCCCCACAAAUCACUGGCUAUUAUUCAGAUGCAGGUUACUUGUAACCAAAAUGGGUAGAAAUGAAAAUGUUUUAUAGUUUGGAUGGAGCUGAGAUACAUUCUGUUCCCUCUUUGGUUUAACCUUGUUUCUGUGAUUUGUUGUUGGGCAGGGGAAAAGAGGGAUGUUUGUAUACAAUACAAAAUAGGAGAAUGGGUGUGGAGGGAUGCUGAAUUCUUGUGGGAUAAAAGGUGUGAUGCGGGUGUAUAGUUUACAUGUAAUGUUGUUGUACAUAGACCAAAUAGAUAAAGGGAAAUAAACGCUCUCUUAUUCGGACCUUAUUUUUUUAUGCUGAGUCUGAGACUCGAAGUUAUGGUAUGAUGAUUGAUUAUAUAUAGCCGCUGUCUGGAAAACUUGGAACUUGAGGCGAAUUGUGAAUUUGAGAUUUUUUAAUUGUUAUUGCUGCAGUUGCUAGUAAUGUUUACUAUGGUGGAUGAUCAAAAUGCAUCCUCUUUGGUUGCCGUCCAGCAUGGUUGUCGCGCCGGCCGGCGUGCCAUCAGUUGAACUUGGUUCAACCGAUACCGGUAAUAAAACCAGCGUAACACCAUCGGUAUGAUCGAUAUAUGAAUCUCUAAAUAAAAUGAUCCUGAAUUUAAUCGAUAAAAUUAUUUAAUUACUUAUUUUAUAAAAGUUAAAUAUUGAU